AUGUAUGAUUUGAGCAUUGCAACGGAUGACAACCUGUUUGCAGGGAGUUGCUUCAGACCAGGUGUCCCUGGCGCAGAAAUCUUGGCAAAUUUUUUACCCAACUUUAAAUUGACACGACAGAUGGGAGGGCAGGUCGGGACUCCUCGUACUGAAAUGCGUCCCUGCCCAUCUGGAUUACUUGCUUCGACGCAACUGCAACAUUUUGCGAUGCAUUUCGGAUUCAAACUACACAAUGUGGCCCCACCCCCUUCUUUUCAGCGCCAUCUGCCUUACUCGCCCGCCGGAAGACGGUCCGUUCUUUGUACAUUUUUUUAUAGACGAGCCACACAGGACCACACGGUGAACUAUCCGGAAGGGUUUGGUGUUUACCGGGAAUGGUGUCUCAAGAAGCCUAGAAGUAGAGCUGAAAAUUCGGGAGAUACCAGGGCGUUACAAAUGGGGACUUCGUUAACGAGACAUACACAAACGUGCCACACUACCAGUCUUCCCCCUGAAAAGUACUAUUUAAAAGCACGAGGCAGCGCCGAGUUGGGGACCCCAGUAAUGACCAGAUAUUGA